GCUGCCAUUUUGUAUUGUAAAAAGAGCAGAUAUCAGUUGUGUAUAUAUGGUGUUUAUUUGUCAUUUUAAAGAUACUAUUUUGUGCAAGAUAAUUAACAAAUGUUUAAAUGGACGCAUCGUCCAUUAUUACACAAGUGUCGCGGGAUGACGAACAAUUAAAUUCAUUUGCUAACGAAAAAGGUGUAGAAAAUGAAACAGAAAAGAAUAAAAAUAAGGUGCGGAGGCGGCUGUGGCGUUCUCUAUUAUGCUGCUGGUCAGGUAGGGGAAUCCUUAAAGGACCAGGAGGUUCCAAUGGGGGUGAAGGUGAUAGGCAAUCUCCACCCUUGUUGACAACUGGAUCCCCACAAUAUUUACUGCCUGCCAUAAGACAUCAGGAUAUGCAUAAGAAAUGCAUGGUUAUAGAUCUUGAUGAGACACUUGUACAUAGCUCUUUCAAGCCGAUUAACAAUGCAGACUUUGUAGUGCCUGUGGAAAUUGAUGGUUCAGUGCAUCAAGUAUUUGUUCUGAAACGGCCCCAUGUGGAUGCAUUUUUGCAAAGAAUGGGUGAAUUAUAUGAGUGUGUUUUAUUCACAGCUAGUUUAGCAAAAUAUGCUGAUCCUGUUGCAGAUCUUUUAGAUCGUUGGGGAGUAUUCAGAGCAAGGCUGUUUAGAGAGAGCUGUGUUUUUCAUAGAGGAAAUUAUGUGAAAGAUUUAAAUAAACUUGGUAGACCUCUACAACAAAUUGUUAUUGUAGACAACUCUCCAGCUAGUUACAUUUUUCAUCCAGAUAAUGCGGUCCCUGUUGCAUCCUGGUUUGACGAUAUGACCGAUAGUGAACUUUUGGACUUGAUCCCAUUUUUUGAAAAACUGAGUAAAGUGGAUAGUGUUUAUACUGUUCUUUGUAAUAGUAAUCAUCCAUAUCAUUCACCUUCUGGUGUACAACCACCACAACCAUCCUAGUAUAAGGUCACUAGGAACCACUUGUCCAGAACUCGCAGUGCGAAAAAAAGAUUUACUCUGGUCAAUUGUAAUAACAACAAUAACAAACAUUUGCUGCAAAGUAAAGGAAAGGUCAGGAAUAAUAAAAAAUAUCUUUGUAAGAGAGUAGUUACCAGGUCUAAUGACAAUAUUAAACGGGACAAGAGAUUAAGAACACGAGUUACAAAAUUGAAAAGUGCCACUAGUGCGUUGAAUAAUAAAAACAAAUUGUGAGAUAUUAUUAGUAGAUUUGUAUAAUGAUUUAAGUUUAUGCAAUGAAAGUAACUCGUUACAAAGUCCUUGUCGAUAUUUUAAAAAUUGUUCUGAUUAUUGUCAUAUUGAUUUUUUUUUAAUACUAUAUCCUAUUACUGCCCCAAACGUAUUCAGUACUGUCAAAUUUACUUUGUAUAUAAAUUUCAGUGCAGAACCUUUUUAAUAAUACCCUGAAAUUGUUGCAAUUAUUUUUUGUGAAACAUCACAUAUUACUAUUGAGUUCACAUAAAUUUCAUUAUGAACUCUCUUCACAUUAUUUUCUGAAAUGUGUAUCAAUUAACCCCCCAUAUUCACAAAUGUGCUUAGCGUAUUUUUAUUUUAUUUGCAACAAAAUUUAAGAGUAUAAGUUUGCAAGAAUAUAAUGAAAAUAAAAUU